AUGGCUGAUGGUCUAGCUUUUUCAGCUAUUCUAGAGGAUUUAUGUCUCUUGAAGAAUUUAGUCUUGGUUGCCAUUGUCUUCAUGCCUUUACCAGAUGGUUUAGAUUUGAUUAUCAUGCCUCCUCUACGUGAACACCCACCUUUCACUAGAUCAGUUGGGAGGGGAAGAGGUCGUUCUCAAUAUCGUCAGCUAGAUCCUAUAGAGGGGGAAUCGGUUGCGUCUACUAUUCGGGCAGCACCUACUACUGAGCAGACCGAGACUCCUCGACAUCCUCUACCUCCUCCGCCACCUACUAUUCCUCCAGUUGCUCCUUUUGUACCACCACCCCCACCUCCUGUCCCACCACUAGUGCUAGAUGUUUCUAUUUCUAAGAAGCUUAAAGAGGCUAGGCAACAUGGUUACGUUUCUUUUAUGGGUGAGUCAGACGCAACCGUAGCUAAAGAGGUGGUGCAAAUGGCUUUAAGAGCUGAAAAGCUUGCGAAUGAAAAUAAGAGAAUGCAAGCUGAGUUAGCAGAAAGGAGAAAUUUGAGUAUAUCUUCUAGUCAGCCACCAAAAAAGGGUAAAGACUCAUCUGUUUCAGGAAGUACUACUACUGUUUUAGUAACAUCUUCCCGACCUCCAUUUUCACAAACACAGUAA